UUGCUACUUCCGGAGAGUUCAUUUCUGUGUUGACACUCACAAGGAAGAGAGUAUGUCACGUCCUACUGAUCCGAAUUUGACAGCAGUGUCGCUGGUGGAGAGCAGCAGCCGGCCAGGCGGGGUGAAGCUGGUCAGUGCUCGCCAUGCCAACAAGACCUCCGACCCCAUGGACCUGGUGGAGCUGGCCAUGCAGGUGCAGAAGGCUGAUGAGUUUACUCGAGCUAACGCUGGGAGCAAGUUGACAGUUAUAGCGGACCAAAUACGGUAUCUACAGGAACAGGCUAGAAAGGUGUUGGAAGAAGCUAAGAGGAAUGCUCUGCUCCAUCACGUAGCCUGUAACUUUGUGAAGAAGCCCGGAAACACAUAUUACCUGUUCGAGAGACACUCAGGACAGAAGUACUUCUCCAUAUUGUCACCACAGGAAUGGGGUGCUUCAUGUCCACAUGAGUUCCUGGGCGGUUUCCGUCUGGAGUACGACCAGUCCUGGACGCCACUGGAUGAUGUUGAACGACGAGGAGAAGAAAUUGCCCUGAUAGACAAAAUCCUGAAUGCACAGCAAGCUAUAACUGACAGUGUCACGCCCAACUUCAGUGGCUUGACAACCCAACCACAGCCCAGCUCAGAGGCAAAGAUAACAGACAUGUCGCAGAAGGAGGACUAGGCAAUCUCAGCCAGCCGAGGUGCUUGCUAUCUUCCUGUUACCAGACUAAAGAGUGAACUUUGGACAGACUGGUCACUAGUUCACUGGACAAACAGAAGCAGUGGUUUUUAACAUUUUAAAUGACCAAAUGUUCAUUGAAUCAUUGUGUUGGUUCAGUAAUGAAAGGAUCAUGAUUCAAAGUGUCUCUGUGUCCAAACUGUUUGAAUUUCCCAACCAAAACUUGUUAUAUAAUGGACUUUUGUAUCAGUAUGGAGUAUUAUAAACUGAACUUUAGACAGAAAGACAUUUUACCAAACUCGGGGUGCGAUUAUUUCAAUCAGCCAGGUUAGAGAGCCUUGCCUCCAGAACCUGUUAUUUGUCUCUUAUAACAAGCAUCGGUUCCUGAAGAUUAGCCCAGAUCUUUGCAGGUCUUACUGUUAAGUUAUCAAAUCUGAUGGAAUACAGAUAGGAUGAUUCAGUUUGAAAGAAUAAUUCUGAGAAUAUCUGGCACUUGAAACAAACAAAUUAUAAACUACUUAUUAAUUUGUCUGUUUUGAGGUGUAGUGUCUUAUGUGACUAAACCUUUGUAUAAUCCUCCAAACUAUCAUCUCCUGUGUGUAGGGGCGGUGGGGUAGCCUAGUGGUUAAAGCCUUUGUUCGUCAUGCCGAAGUCCCGUGUACAUGAGUACAAUGUGUGAAGCCCAUUUCUCGUGUCCCCCGCCGUGAUAUUGCUGGAAUAUUGCUAAAAGCGGCGUAAAACCAGAUUCACUCACUCACUCACUCUCCUGUGUGUAACUUCAGCAAUGCCAAUGUCGUUGAUAUGACAGACAGCUCCUGCAUAUACAUAUGUAAGCAUGGGUUAUCCCCCCUUAUUAUGUGUGGUGAACUGGGAUACGUGUAAGGUUACUUAUGAAUAGAUGGUAACAUCUAUUAAUAAAAAAACAUCUGGUGUAUUUUCAGUACUCUUGUACUGUGAACUGAGUAAUUUGUGCACCUAUGACAAUCUGGGUCAGAAUUGGUUUUCAAUUACCCUUGCUUGUCGUAAGAGGCGACUAAAGGGAUCGAUUAGUCAGGCUUGCUUACUUGAUUGACACCUCGUCGUACACAAACCAAAGAAUUUACUUCGGGCAAGACUAUUAUGUGGCAUGAUAAUCAUCACAGUUAAGGCUACUCAAGUCAUUGCAUAAUUGCAUAGAUCAAUGUUCAUGCUGUUGAUCACUGGAUUGUGUGGUCUAGAAUAGAUUACCCCAUGGAGAUGGAAUAUUGCUGAUGCCGUUAAACAACAAACAAACAAAGUGAUUUGUUUAUCUCAGGAAUGAAUGUUUGUAUUGAUUUAUAUAUAUAAGAAUCUGUUUCUCAGCCUCGGAGAGACACAUGUGGCCAAGUCACUGCUAUCACUGGUUGUAAGAAAUAAUGAAAAUUGUUUGUAAAAGUCUAAACAUACCCAUUCAAUUAUCUUUCAGUGUCUGUCAGUUUUAAUGUGAUUUUAUUGAAGAAUGUCAUCAUGUUCUCGCAAUGUUUGACUCAUUGAUAUAUUUUCUUACUCUUAAAUAUAAUUUAUUUUACAGACAUUUACAUGUAAAUAAUGUUUGAAGAAUUGAGGAUGCUGUUUGCAUUUCAGUGUAACCAGAGAAAAAUUCUACAUGUUUUGUUUCAUUUGGUAUAACAAUGCUAUGAUACAGAACGGACAUCAGUUGUGUCAAAUACAUGUAGUGGACUACAAGAGAAUGAUGUCACAUCUCACACAGGAGUCUUCAUGGUUGUCAGAGGAGUAUUCAUGUCCAGAUAUCGAGGACUUGUAAUCUUGUAUAUAGGAGUAAAUAAACAGUAUAAUAUAU